AUGGAUUCCAUCAACUCAGAGUCAGAUUUCAGUGAUAAUGAAUUUCAGUCAGUACAUUCUAUUCCAUGUUCGGCCUCACCGGAGCAGGAAUUUUCCGAUAACCUGGCCAAGGAUGAAACGGGAGGGAAAUGUCAAGUUGGAAACAAAGCAGCAAGAAGGUGUGACCUUAUGUUGGAUUCUCUGAAAGAGAGUAUGUCUGCAAUCAAAGCAUGUUUUCAAGAUUUAUGGAUGAAGUACUGUGGUCGUUAUAGCGAUACGGGAACAACAAGAGCUUACCAUGUUUGGCCUGGGAAUAAUGUGUUUUUCUUCCAUGGACGACUAGUCUGUGGUCCGGAUCCUAGAGGGUUAAUAAUCACAACUGUUUCUAUAAUACUCUCAAGUUGGAUUUUUGCUGUUUACAGUGUAGAUGAUCUGGCUAAUAAAUCCACUCUCAUAGUCACCUUCUCCUUCGUUUUGACAAUUAUUGUUAGUCUUAAUUCGAUGCAGGUCCUCAUCAACAUGAUUCUAGUUAGUACAACUGAUCCGGGAAUUAUUCCUAGAAACGAUCCUGCAUUUGCUGACGAAGUUGGUACAAGUAACGCAACCAGAAGGAAGAGGGUUAUUGUCAAUGGAGUAGAACUUAAACUAAGAUUUUGUCGAAUUUGUAAGAUUUUUAGGCCGCCUAGGAGCUGUCACUGUGCUGUUUGUGACAAUUGCGUCGAGAGAUUCGAUCAUCAUUGCGGCCAAUGUAUAGCCCUGAGAAACUAUAGAUUUUAUCUGGCGUUUGUAAUGUCGAGCCUUGUUUACUUUAUCUACACAUUUGCCUUCUCUUGCUGGAGAAUCCACCAAAGAAUGCUCAAAACUAGGACUGGAUUGCUCGGAAUGCUGAAGGAAUGCCCCGAAACACUGGCACUUGUGUGCUUUAAUUUUGCUGCUAUUUGGUUCCUUGGCGGCCUUGCAAUCUAUCAUACCUAUCUGAUUGUGAUAAAUCAGACGGCUUACGAGAAUUUCAGGCAAUUCUAUAUCAGUUCUAGAAAUCCAUUUGAUAGAGGAGUGUUGAGCAAUAUUAAAGAGGUAUUGUUUGCUCUGCUACCGCGCUCUAGAGUUGAUUUUCAGGCUGAAGUAAGACCAGGCUCCCAGCAUAAUUGAAAGUAUGAGCUCUGGUGGUGAAGUAGACAAUUAGUGAUAAUUCAGGUUGGUCAAAUGUGUUAUUUGCGUUUGCUAUUAGAGUUUUGAGUAAUUUUUGCAAAUUCUAGAACAUAUGCAGUGCAGUUAAGCAUUUACAACA